AUGCUUUUGCAGUCCUCCGCCGAUCGAGAUGGACUGCGGACGGACCGUGACAUCAAGCGGGAAUCAUCGUCGCCGCACACUUUCAAGCAUCAUCGCUCGUCGUUGUCGAGCGGUUCCGUGGAAAGCCGGAUGGCGGAACUUGAUGAUAUUCAACGGUCAAUGGAAGUGGAGGAAACAGAGGAGGAAAGCUAUGAAGAGGAGAGGUUUAAAUCGAGAGAACAUUACGAUACGGACUCUGAUAGUGUCUCUAGUGGGCGCGAAGCCGCAUCAUAUCAACAAGGAGCUCGCGUGCAGAAUCAACAGCCCCCUUCCCCGGUGGAAACUUACAUCAACAACACUGUCAGCGGGGUAGACAGAAUUCCUACUCACGAAUGGACCUUUGAGGAACAGUUCAAGCAAGUAAGUGCUGCAUGUUUCACCUUAACCCUCUGACUGUUUGAUGUUCUCGAGCAGAAAUCUAAGCCGCAAACAUUUUUUGGUUUUACAUCUUGAGGACCGUCAUUAAUCAACUUUGCUUCGUAAAAAAUUGACACAUCUCAAGCGAAUAUUAAUAAUUAUUGUUCCAAACAAAUCCAGCUUUCGCGGCUUUAAUCGAUUUAUUCAUUCCCAUGUUGUAUUCAAGUGAAUUCCAGCGUUCAAUGUCUCCGCGAGCACCAUUUAACCCUAUAUAUUUAGCGUCUUUGUCGACGGACGCUAAUCUCUCUUUCUAAAUCGUUCUUUAAUAGAAAGUGAGGUAUGGGUAGCGGUGCAUAUUUUGCCGGCGUGUUUGACACCACUAUUUUGUUUCUUUGUGACAUAUUGACAACGAGCGUCUUUAAUUCUGUAGCUUCGGCGGCCGCUCCAGGCGCGAUCUUUGCCGUAUUCUCGAACAACAUAAUAACAAGACUUAAAAUGAAAUGUAGGAUUAUAAGGGUGUGUAGAAGUUAUGAUACUGGCCUUGAUAAAACGGUGAUUUGGGAGUUUGACGCGCGAAUAUCGGCUUUAUUGAAUUAGUGGGUCAUAGAAUGUGUAGUUUUAAUUAACCUAUGAUACAAAUUUGCAUACCUGGCUUAUCACCUGGGCGAAAUGAAAUAUUGUGUUUGUCAUGAGAAAUUGAAGCCAGGGGAAUAUUGAAUUCGGUUUUAUUAAAUAGUAGAUAUGCUCUUAGUUACUUGUCCCUGAGAGGUGAAUACCUUUUUCCUUGACUUUUACCUUUGAUUAUGCUCUAACUUGUUAUUAUCUGUAACCUACAAAGAUACAUGUAAGCUACACAACAAUACUGCCUUCAAUUAAUAUUUAAUAAUAAGCCAGAGUUAAUAUAGGUCCUUGGCAAUUGGGAAGUUGGAUUACAGCUCUUUUUAGGUGGCAGGUUGACCUGCCACCUGUCACUCAUACAGCCUGUCAUUUUUAGUCUCGCUGUAUUUUUUGGCAAAUACUGAUUGGCCACCAAACUUUGGAUAUUGUGUGGUAUGUCACCGCUUUAGAAAUCAUCUAUAACCUUUAUGAAGGCUAUUUGACAUGAGAAAUCUAUAGCAGAUGGAUAAGUUAUAGCUGUCUUGGCGGAAAAUAUACUGGCAGUUAUUAAAUGUGGGCUCACUGAAUAGGCAAUUUUUUUCAUUUUAAUAGAUAUUGUAAAUUAUUGUCAGAUACAACAUCCUGUUUCUUUUCAUGUACAAACAAGCCCCAGCUUCAAUUUGACACUGUAAUUAAAACUCUCAAUACUACAUGGAGAGUAACAACUUUCCUGGAGGUAAUAUGCCUGCUGUUUUUCUGUGUUCAUUGAUUGCAAUUUGACAUCUAUCCAGUGAAAUUUGAGGUGCUUGUAUUCAUGAAUGCAUUACUUUUAUUUCAACAUAAUCCUCAAGUCAUCUUUAAUAAAGCUUUUAAUCUUCUUAAGUAUUUCUAACAUAUUCUUUGUGGUUCUUCUUUGAUAAAAUCAACAGGCAUGUCUUUAAAAUGGAGGCUAUAGCUUAUUGUUGCUGUGCUUCCAAUAGCCCAACGCCGUUACAUUAUUUUAUAGCUGGCAAGGAAAAAAAUGGAGUCCCGCCAUUUCUGGUGAUUAAUCUUUAAGCAGUUCUUGAUUUCACUUCAAAAACGUACAGUUACAUCUUUGAAUCCCCCUCAAAAACAGUUUUUAAGCAGAAACAUUAUUUCUAUGGGAAACUUUUGUUAGCGUCAAUCCCCAGCACUGUUAAGUGUAAUGUAUCAUCUCUAGUGUAUCACACAAUUGAAUUUAACUGCUGUAUGUGUUUCGUGAUUUCUUAAAAGGAGUUGCUUUUUUGGGUUUACUUGUUACCAAUUUUUGCACCAUUUAUCAAAGCUUCAUUAACCAAGUCACCGGAUAUUUAGAUGUUAUGCAAGGAACGCAUGUUACCUCAAUCAAACUACAUUUUCGAGAGCUAUGAUUUGUGUAUGUUUCAUUGAUCUUGCAUAGUUAAUUUAUUGAAGACUUCAAAAAUUCUUGGUUUUUAGAUGAAGAACCUUUACAGAAUGAUAUCUGUGAAAAAAAAAACUUCUUAAAAAAACUCUUAAUUCCAGCACUUGUGCAAAGUUGUUAGAAAACAGUUGUGAACAUUACCUUUGGGUAAGAUAAGAAGUAUGGUUGAAGCAGUAAGGAGACAAUAUUAUGAUUCAGUUUUGUUAUGAUCAGAUGGCUGCAAUAUUGCUUUUGCAGUUCAACUUGUUAGUGAUGAAAACAAACUAAGUGGUGCUUAGGUUAAACAUGCCUUUUCAUCCAAGUUCAAAAAUGCAAAAUUCCCGUAAAUAUUAGUUUUUGAGAGAGUGUAGAAAGGUGAUAUGUUUUGUAACACAAAUGCAUAUAUUAGUUGUAUGAUAAAUAACGAGUAGUCGGUUCAAGUACAUUAGAAUGAACUGCUUGUAAUCAGAAAGAAGGAGUGAAUGAUUUUAUAAUAAGCUCAGGUAGUAAAUCAAUAUUGAUCAUGUUGAGAAUGCAAAGAACCGGAAGAAUCUGAUUUACGUAUUGUUGCCGGCAUGGCUCUGCUUUCUGCAUAUUAAGUUCUUUUUUUAUUUUAAUCGGUUCAUUUGGCUGCAGUUAUUUGUGAAAUACCUUGUUUGUUAUUAUUUUUCAAGGUUGGUUUUACGGAAUAGAGAUGAACAUUUUCUCUACAAAGUUCUCAAAUGAGAAUGAUAAGGGAGAUCACAUCUUCAUGAACAAAUUUUAGAAUCCAUCUAAGUUCUAGCUUAGCAUAACACCAUUGAUACAGUCCUUCAGAUCGGCCAACUUUCAAACAUCAUGACAAGUGUAUAAGGGUGUUCCUAACUUCUUUGUAAAGUGAGUUGUCAAUAUCAGUUUGCAAAUAUGUGUACAGUUCACAUCUGCAUUUAUUCCACUGAAUAAGAUUGGAACUUAAAGAAGUAAAAGAAUGUUCAUUCCCUGAUAGUUUUAUAUUAAAGGUUCCUUUAAUUUUUUUAUGGUUUGAUUCUCCUAAGUUGAUCUUUGUGGUUGUUAUUGUUGACAGCUAGCCAAAUAGUUCAAAUUAGCACUAAGUUAUGAGCACACUCACAUAUCCUGAUAGGUAGCAUAGUUACAAAUAUCAGCACAGCUUCUUGGCUACAAUUUCAAAAGAGCCGCUUGUGACUUGUUGAAUUUACAACCUACUUCAAAGUACUUAAGAGCAGUUUUCCGCUGAGUCUGUGGUGAAACUGAUAACAAUCUUGCUUGGAGUGAUUUACAACAGUCAAAAGGUCACAAUACAGAUAUAGACUAGUAUGGCAAAGAAAUUAAAAGGCCAGAUUAAGUCAGGGAAAAAAUGUAUCCUGUGUCCACUAAUGUCAUUAUUGUAUUGGACUUUCAGCAUUUUUGGGAAGUUUUAAUUUUGUUAAAUGAAUUUGCAAAGCUUAUUUUACCAUUAAUCUGCUGAUUAGCUAUAUGAUGCAAGUUGAUGUCUGUGUGCAACUGACCAUUAAUUCUGAUCACACCUGUCUGUGUCUAUCAAGGCCCAUUAGUGUGCUCAAUGGUGUGACUGAUUAUAAAGAUAAAGCUUGUCUUUUUCUCAUACAGGUAUAGGACUGACUGGAAGUACAUUCGUAGCAUUAAUAUACUUGAAUGGAAUGUUUUUGUAGAUUUUCAGCCAGAAGGCACCAUAGUGCAAGUCACUUAUUCACUUGAUAGCCCUCGUGAAAGGCAGUCAAUAGAGGGACACAACAAUGCGCAAUGUCAGUAAACUUAAAUUGCAAAUGAAAAAAGGAAACUGAAAAGUUGCCCAGCUUAGUGCACACUUUUUUUUUAAAGAUGCACAUAUCAGUGUCACCAUUUGACACUUGAUCAUACACAAUGAAAUUAAUCUUUUGCAUAGGAAACAUAAUCUGCAAGCCUGAAUAGCACAAACAUCAGUGAAAUAUAUUAUUCAUUUAUUUGUUUUAAUUUUUUGUCCAAAAACUUGCUUCAGACUUAAAUCAGUUUCAAGGACUUAAGUUCCUGUCUUUUUGGUUUGUCUAGGGCCAUGUGUAUUUCCAGCUCGAUGAUUAUGCUGGCCAACCAAAAGAUAGCAUUUAACAGCUUAUUUCGUUAAUUUUAUUUUGGUAAAGUUUUAACUUUGGAGCAUUCAUUAUAGUUAGUAAGAAUUUCUUAAGACUGUCACACACUAGGCUCCUUGAGCAACUCAGUUGAAAGGUUUCUUGCAUUGAUGAAAUAAAAAAAAAUAUUUGGAAUUUUUCAUUUUUGACAUGACUGUGGUUAACAGUUUUGUAAUUCCAAGAAUUUAUCAACAAAAGAUGACAUUGAAGUUUUUCUUAUGAAAAUGAUUGCUGGCUGACCAUGAUUGAUUGAAAGUGAUUGGUCAAGUUUUGAGCCCUCAGAGAAGAUCUGUAAUUUUAGUCAAUUGAAAUGAAAACAUUGUACAAAUUUGAGUGCAAAUCAUUAUUUUUUGCUGCUGGUAAAAUUCUAAAACAGAUCAAAUCAGUGUAAGCACUUGAACAAGUUAAUUAAGGAUUACUACCACUUGAAAAAAAUCCAAUUUGAUUGUCUGAGAAUUCCAAUUUAGGUAUGGAACAUCAUAUUCCAAUUGAGUGCACCAGAACACCAAAAAAAGAAAAAAAAUGUUGGCGCCAAGCACAUUAUAACUCUUAACAAACUUGACAAGGGUUACUGACAUCUCCAUUUGGAACAUAACCAUUGUUUGAUAUAUUUCUAGUACAUUUUUUCAAAAGGAACACUCUUAUUUUGAAAAUGUGAUGCAAAUACACUUGCAUUAUGGCUACUCUGGCUGGUUUGUUGGCACUUCACUCAAAUAGUGAUAGAUAAUCAUUCAGAUGAAAUAUGACAUUAUAUAAAACAGUUGCUGGUGGGGUAAAUAUCAGAAUAUUACAAAAAAAAGCAGAGUUGAAAAGUGAAACUCAGGGCUUAUUGUCUGCUAAAGUAAAGGAUUAAAUUCAGCCAGUCACUAGAGCUAAAUAUAACCAUAGGACCUUUGUCUUUUUAGUAUAGUGUGACACUGUGUGAAGUUAUUAAAAAAUAGGGCUUAAAAUUGGACAGAAUACUUGAACAGAGAUCAUACCAGAAACCUACAUUGCGUGUUGAACUUAGAUGUUUUCUUGGUACUCAAGAGAUAUUUUAUCUCUUUAUCUGUAGCAUAAGUUAGAUGCACUUUUAAAGGUGAUAUGCCUCAGAUAUGGAUGUGGAUGUAACACUAUAUUCCUCAUUUUACCAUUUUUGAAUAUGAGAUUGUCAGCUCAUUACCAAAUAAAUGAUAAGGAACCUUGGAUAACAUUGCCCCUCAAAAUGAAAAUAAAUGCAACUGUUCUGAUUUCCCAUGCUUAAUGCUGUAAGCAUUCAAUAUAGGCAAGACAAGCCACAUUUUUGAUGUGAAGUGCUUAUCAGUAACCAAAUAUCACCUGUUAGCUUAAUUAGAACAGACCUCUUUCAAAGCUGAUGUGUUUUCUCUACCCUGAGCUCCUGCUGUGACCUGAAAGUUAAAAGGAUAAUGCUUUAUCUAACAUAAAGUUUGUCAAGAUUUUCUAUUUUGCAACAGUAUUUGAUGGCCCACUCUUGUUGUCAUCUAUCUGUACUUAUGGUGAUUGCUAUAAACAUUCCUGAUAUGACAACUGUAUGUCACAGCAUCUAAGCAAUACCUUCUUGUUAUUAUAUUUAAUGAUUUGAUAUCAAAAUUCAAAGAUGCUGGGGUCAGUAUCAUGUAUGCUAGGUAUGAGAAAUGAAGCUUUGUAAUAUUUAAUAAGUUGUGGUUGUUUUCUCUUCAUUGUAAGAAACAAAAAAAAGCAAGAAGAAUAAAUUUUCCAAUUGACAAAAAUAAAGAUGGCACAAAGUUAGGAAUAAGGGCUGUUUUGAUUUAAUUUUUGUCUUUGGUGAGCAAAAUUAGACAAAGUAAUUCUCGGAAUACAGUUUAAAAAUUUAGAUAUAGUCUUAUAAAUCUGAGCACCUGUAUCACCUGUUGUAUGUAAGACUUAUAUACCAUGGAAUCCUUGUCAUAUACUGUUCUAGAAUUAAGGAAUGCCAACAAAUUUGCCGAAGUUUAUUUUUGCCCAAUUUAGAGCUGUAAAACGUGAUACAAAACUUAGGUUAUACCAAGAUCUUACAAUCAACAUAGCAUGUAUCUUAUUAGGGAAAAUCAUAAAACAAAUGCAAAGCAGGGUAGAAAUCUUAAUGUUGGCAAACAUGUAGUGUCAGUACCAAUCAAGUUUUCCUAUAUACUUUAGAUUUGAAAAAUAAAAGUGCCAGUCGUAAGUGCAUAAUACUUUUGUUAUAUCAUGAUGAUUGUUAAAUUAUUAUACUUGUGGCAUACUUCUGACCGACUCAUGGAUAACGAAAUGUUCUGGCUUAGCUUAUCACAUCGUUGGUUUCGUUUUAUCAACCGACUUGAUGAUGUAAAGUGGCCACCAUAAAGAGUAUCUAAGUUGACGUUUCGAACGCUAAAACCAAAUCAUCUUGUUAUACUCCCUCAUCAACGCAGCACCACAAUUUCGUUAGAAACUUACCCCCUUUAUUCAUUUAUCUUAUCGUUCGUUUUGUUUUGUUUUUUUCUAUUUUUAAGCUGUACGAGUUGGGAACUGAGCCAGAAAGGAAAGAAUUUUUGGACGAUUUGUUUACGUUUAUGCAGAAAAGAGGUAAGAUAGUAUGAAACUUCCUACCUAGUGGUCAGACGAUGCUAGGAAACUCAUCCAUUUUUUUCAGUUUGUAAAUAAUUGCAGGAAUUCUUCCUUAACUUUUAAGAUUUAUUUUAUCUCUCUAGAAGUUUACGCGAGCUUAUUAAAUGCACACAAUUUUGUAUUAAGAGGGAGGCAUUUCUAGCCAACGAACUACCGACUACUUAAAAAUUUGAUCUAUCCACAAACUUAUUUUUGAAUUAGUGAACUUAAAAGUAUCACUCAGGGAAGCAGGAUUUUGUUACUAAGCAUUAGAUGAUGAAGAUGUCAACCUACCUGGCUAUCUUGUUACAACCUAGAGUCACGUCAAAAGAUCACAAAAUGUUUGAAUUUGUUUCUUCUUUAACAUUGGCACUUAAUGGCUUAAAAAAAAAAGAUCCAUUCAGUAUUCUUUUCUAAAUAGUGAGAUUAUACAGCAAAUUUUACUGCCUCUUUUGUCGCCUGCGUCUGGAUUCGAACCCUAUGAUUGGUUAAUUCCUCGCUGUGAAGUCACGUAGUUUCGCAAAUUUCCCGCUUUUUUGUGGUUACCGGCGAAAAACAUUCAGUAGGUAACCUUUUACUUGUAACAGGGUAAUAUUCCUUUGAUUCAAAUGACACGCUUUUGUUUUUUAAAUAGGUACUCCAGUAAACAGAGUUCCCAUAAUGGCUAAACAAACAUUAGAUUUAUUCAAACUGUUCAAACUUGUCGUGGAAAAGGGAGGGCUUGUCGAGGUAAGUGAUGCUGGAAAUUUUCGUUUCAGUAUUUAAUACUAUAUGCUUUCGUGUUUUCUAUGUGGUGGACUACGAUUCAUCGUCGAAAUCGGUGUUGCUUAUUCUUCUUUUUAGGUUAUAAACAAGAAAAUCUGGCGUGAGAUUAUCAAAGGACUUAGUCUGCCAGCAUCAGUUACGAGUGCAGCUUUUACGCUUCGAACACAGUGAGUAAAGUUCCUCAAAUAUUACCUUUUUAUUUAUUUAUUUUAUUUUGAAUUGUUGAAAAAGCGUCAUUUACAUAAACCGGUGCAUAUAAUAUUAUUUUAAAGUUUUUGCAUUUUACUCUCUCUCUCUCCUCUUGGAGAAAUUUUGAUAGAGUCUUGGAUGCAACUACUGAAUAUUAUUUAUUAAUUAAGACUUUUUAUUAUAGAUACAUGAAAUAUCUAUAUCCAUAUGAAUGCUCGAAGAAGAAGCUAUCCUCACCAGCCGAACUCCAAGCAGCGAUUGACGGAAACCGUCGUGAUAGCCGAAGAUCAUUUGGCUCGUUUCUGUCACAAGCCGUACCAUCAGACGGCUCACAUCCAUACAAUAGUCCAAGCCCUACAACAACACCGCCUGCCUUCACGCCUAGCAACACCUCUCCAGGACUUCCUCACAGGUCUAGUCCAGGCCCUUCAGCUUCCAACCAUGACGUGAGUUAUCCGUUCAAAUUCAGUUUAUGGUUUAUAACCAAUAACAUAAGGGCAGACUUGAUUUCUGGUGAAAAACAUAAGAAUGAUAAUAACUGAAAAUAAUUCUGUUAGCUUUUAUAGACAGUUGUUGCUUAUUUCGAGGUGUGCAUGUAAAAAAAUUGUAGGUAAUGUUUGUAUUUGUGAUUGGAACAGACACAUGAAUGAACUUCACGCCAUCUAAUGAUAAGCAAUAGUCUCCUAACAUAUUUCCACAGUGAAAGUUACAAAAGGAAUCAUGUUGUGGUGCUUGUAAAACAAACUUACGUUAGCAUUUAGAGUUGAGUCCUGAAAGCGAGUUUUUUUCCUUUUGGUUUGUUUGCUUUAACCAAAGCUUGUUCGCAAAAUUGUACAUAAAAGGUGCCGUCCUGAAAUAUGAAAAUCUUCUUCCUCUAAAGGUGCAUGUACCUCCAUCAGUCCAUGGUAACAAUGGCGUUGCUAUGCUUCACUCUCCGGGCGUUGUUCAAUACAGUCCUAAGCGUUCGUCAAGCGUGACGGAGGUAACGUCACGAGGGGUUUCCUCGUCACCAUCCGAUGCAUCGCCAUGCGGUUCACCAGUCAAGAAAUUUGCUGCUGUUAAUGAACGAAGCAAUAAACCGACUCCGACUCAGCUUCCCUGGACACACAUUAAAAUACAAACUCAACCCAAAGGUACUAAAUCCUUUUUACCGUCUGGAUUUCAUUUUCCACUCCUGUUCUUCUUAUACUUAAGUGUAAGUUUUGAAAUAACCCAGAGCUUUUGCCGUCCUCAAGGCAGAAGAGGGUAUUGCACAUCGUAAUUAUUCAAAUUUUAGGCUCAGCCUUGUGGUUAUGAAUGUUCUUUUCUAUUCAUAUUCAGAACAUUGUACGUUGUGUAUAUUUUUUUGAAGAAGCCGGAACAUACCUGGCAUAGUGUAGCGUAAAAGUGACAAGGAGUGGUAGACUACUUAAUCGGUCAAAACUUGUGCGACCUAAAAUUUCUCUUUUCUUUGUUCAGGUAUGUCACAAGGCGGCCAGUUCCAGUUCCCUGAUCCCGAACGAUCAUCACGCGGUCGCGAGCCGAGGCACUUACCGCUUACUCUUCUGGAUCAAGUGAGCGACAACUCAUUGCUGGUGUCCGUAGAGCUCAAUGGCGUGGUCUACCAAGGGGUUUUGUUUGCUCGGCAAAAUCGACCGGACUCGCCGAGAAGUAACGAAGACUACUAACUUAAGUAUGGUGUUUCUACUCUUAAAAUAUGCAGACAUUAGUGUAGGAUUUAGAGCGGUUUUAAACUGACUUUUAUAAAAAUUAAAUUACAGUGCGACUGCAACUUGAGUUACGCGUGGUAAAACAUGCGAUCGGCGUAAGACAUGUAAAUGGUGUGAAAGCUUGACCGUGUCUUAUUUACAUCAUGCCAAAUUCAAUUGGCAGAAGCUACAUCUUAAUGAAAUCAUAAAAGCCAUAACAUGGUAGCAAGGAGCUGCUGUGUGUGUUUAAUGCGUGUUAGUAAGUAGUGAGUAGAAAAAGAGUAUUUCAAGUGACCACGUCCGCUUGGCGUCACUAGACGUGGGUAGCCAUUUCACCCUACCCCCUUAUUGAGUUGUUAAGCUACAUAUUCUACAAUGAUUAGGACCGUUAACACUCGUCUACUUCUUUUUAAGUCAGUGUAAUUAGAAUGGGAAAUCGUGAGUCCUAUCAGCCUCUCAAUAUCAUCAGUUUAUGAUACUGCACGCAAGACAAGUAUUAUUCUAAAAUUCAGUUACUUUUCAAUUUAUUAUUUUUCGCCGAAACGUGGCGCAUUGUAUAUUUAUCUUCUCCGUACCCUUAGUUCUUUUGAAAUGUUAACUUGUUCCGCAAACUCACCCCUAAACGAGAAUUGGGUUAAAUUUUACGUACAAUGUGGCAUUUUUAUCGUUGUCUUGCGAAUAAGCAGCAAGAACAAACAAGUUUGAGUGUUUUGAGACAAAACGUUGGAUUGUGAUAUCUGGUUCAGAUUAUUUUUUUCUGCGAGUGAAUUACAUAAACCUGGAAUAUGAUUUCAAAUAAAUCGGAAAAAUGUUUGUCAUAUUUUGACUUUUUUGUACUUUGAUAUGAAAUGUUGAGGAGAAUUCCUCUUACUGAAUAUACUAUAAUUUUAAUGUUUAAACUUAAUUGUAAAUCAUUUGCCCUGUCGUAUCUUUAAAUAGGGCUCCUUCAGAGACCUAACGGCUAUCUUUAAGGAAUACAUGCACCCACUGUAAAUACUUGACUUGCGGUUAUAAUAUUUUCCUCGCCUGGACAUAAGCUGGUUAUACCUAAAUUCUAUUCGUGAAACUAUACUGUUGUUACCAUAAUUUUGGAGCGAAAAAGACAUCACUUUGCUGUAAAAUAAUUUCUAGUUACUACGUCGAGGGUGUUACUGCUGUUAUACCAGUUUUAAAACCAAGAAAAACAUCUUUAUUGCUCUCCCCUCUUAACAAAUGCUGAUCCACCGCAGUUUUCUAUGGCAUUUCUAUCGUAAACUCUUUUUUCAUUCAUUUUUACGCUUUUUGGUCAAUUUAAAUGAGCAGUAAUAACACCCUCGACAGUGUAUCUUUCGAGCUUUUUCAUCGGAACUACGCACAAUGUAUUUGGAGAAGGGUGUACAUUUAAAAAAUAAACUUAAUUUACUUAUACAGGGUUACUCUGGACUCAUUUUGUUAUUAGCUCCUAGGAGUUUGAAUGCUUGUUAUUAUCUUUACGAUUAUCACUAUAAUAGUAUUGCUACGUAGAGUAUUCUAAGUUGGUCAGUGUUUUUUUAUUGCGCAAUAUAUUUAGCAGUGGCGUCAAUUUACUUAUUUUCCUGCGCUCAUCGGAGUGCUGUUUCAAAUAUUAUGAAUUCGGUGUGUUUUCAUUUAUCUUUUAUUGUUUAAUGUAGUACUUUAGAAGAAUUACCCAAGAGAUCAACCUUCGUAACCGCGAUGAUAGUAAUUAGAUUCGUUUACAUUUUAGAUGGGAAUUUACUCGUCCAUAUAUCCAAGUUGAUUAAUUUUGUUCAAAGCACUUUAUAGUGUUUUUAACCGUUAUCAUCAUUAUUAUUAUUAUUUUAAUAUAUACCGAAUAUCGCUGAAUGCAUCGAUCCUAUGUGAAUAUUUUUAUAACUGAAUUAAUAAUGAAGGAUUGCGUAUGUACACAUGUACAAAUAAAAGUAACAGAC